GGGGUGGAGAAGCACAGAAAAAAUCAUCUGACACAGAAACAUUAAAAAAAAGAUCUCUCAGGCCUUGCAAAGGACUCUUGAUUCACACGGGGAGAACUGCUUUGACUUCGUUCAUCCUGUUCAACCAGGAACUGCCUGAGAGGUGGAGGAAUAGAGCUUAGCCAUCUGUAUCUAAGAGGCUGGAAGCCAUGUCUCUUCCCCGACAGCUGCGAGAAAAGAGUGAUUUUGACCAGCUUCCAGAUGAUGUACCUGUUUCAGCUAACAUUGCAGAUAUUGAAGAGAAGAAAGGCUUUACUAAUUAUUAUAUGUUUGUCAUUGAAGUAAAGCUUAAAGGUGGUGGCAGGUACCUGAUUUUCCGACGCUAUCGUCAGUUUUAUGCCCUGCACACCAAACUAGAGGAAAGAUAUGGGGCAGAGAGCAAAAAUAGCCCUUUCACCUGCACACUCCCCAUAUUGCCAGGAAAAGUUUUUGUUGGGGCUAAAAAGGAAAUUGCUGAGAGCAGGAUUCCUAUCCUAAAUGUCUACAUGAAGAACCUACUCUGCCUACCCGUUUGGGUGUUGAUGGAUGAAGAGGUACGGCUGUUCUUCUACCACUCAACCUUUGAUAGCGAACAGGUGCCUCACAGGCUGAGACGGCUUCGCCCACGGACACGCCGAGUUAAAAGCACUUUAUCUCAAGGCCCUGUUGUUGACCGCACGGCAGCUCCACGGGCUGAGGCACUGUUUGACUUUUCUGGAACCAAUAAACUAGAACUCAGCUUCAAGAAGGGAGACUUAAUUUAUCUGCUCAGAAGAGUAAACAAAGACUGGUUGGAGGGAACAGCUGAUGAUGCCACUGGGAUUUUCCCAUGUGCUUUUGUGAAGAUCAUAAAAGAUUUACCACAGCAGGAAGACACAGUUAAUAAAGUUCGCUGCUAUUACCAUGACGAGACUAUGAGCACUAUCAGAGAUAUCCCGGUGGAAGAAGAUCUGAGCACCAUUCCAUCGUUCAAAGAUCUCAUGGAAUUGAUGAGGCGGGAGUUUGACCAAGAUGACAUUGUUUUGAAUUACCAAGACCUUGAUGGUGAUCUGAUCCGGUUACUCUCUGAUCAGGAUGUUGAACUCAUGGUGUCUCAGAGCAAGAGAAGGCCCUUUGAGAAGCAUUUCUUCCCUUGGAAGUUGCACAUCACUCACAAAGAUAACUUGGGCAUCUACAAUACUUGUCCAGGAAUAGGUGCUACUCAAACAGUAAAAGCGACCUAAGUGCUAUAUGGAGAUGUUCCGGUUGAAGUGAGCGUGAAAAGAGUAGUUUUUAGCAACAUAUUACCUUCCAAUGUAAAAUCUACUUAGUUUCUUCAGCUUUUUAGCAUGGCUCUGUAAUAGAGACACCUACCUGUAGACCUGAGAAAGUGAGAGACAGAGAAAUAAAAGCACUGGCCAUAUUCACAAAGCAAGUCAGUGUCAGCCUACAAGAGGCGUCGAGUGUCCUGAGUCCCAAGACCUGCUCUAAUCAAUAUUCUCACUCCCACAGCUAAUUAUUUGUCCAGAAUGACUUCACAAGGUUUUUUUCAAGUCUGCCAUAACUUUCUCUUCACCUGCUUUUAUGAACUUUUGUGUGCCAGUGCUUAUGAAUGUGCAAUUAUUUCUGUCCUAUGGGAGUCUGACUGGACAUUCAGAGUUUGUUCUGGAAGCAUCAAGAAAAUGUUGCCACAUGUCAGUGAAGAAAUUGCAGCUCCCCUUUUCUUUCUUCUUUGCACUGACCAAUAUUUCAAUUUCUGUGAAUCAAACCUAGUAAGUCUGAGUAAUUUGUAAUUUUACAGACUACUUAUUUCUGCAUUUUGGGGAAAAGUGAUGCCUACUCAAACAGCAAUUCCUUCUCUGUCUGUCUUCUGCUUUCUGACACCUCAUUGCAAAAUAGAACUAACAAGAAAUUACUGUAUCAGAUACUUCAACAAAUAAACUUACAUAUUAGUUUAUUUUAUCAGUUUCUAUUCAAAAGGGUUUUUUGGAGGGUAUGGAGUAAUUCUGCACUGUUUGGGUUUGUUUUUUGGUUUGGUUUGGUUUGUGUUUUGUGUUUUUUUAUUUUCUUUUUAAAUUUUUUCUUAAAAGUGGGUUAAUUUUGAAGAAAAGUUUGAAUAUUACCUAUUCAGCUUUCCUUAAGGAGGAGUUAAUUGUUGAAAAAAAAAAUAUGUACAUAUAUUGCAACAAUGUUUUUAGUGGUCUUACAGUUAAAAUGUUUUCUUCUUGAACGAACUUACUGCUGCUUUUAAGAAUUACAAGUUAUGUAUUUUUACACAAAUUCUUUGAUAUCUAAACCACUGUAUUUUAAAAACACCAUGUAUGCUGUCAUGGUGUUAAAAAUAUACCACCAAGUAAAAACCAAGAAGUUAAAAGAGUUUUUGGGCACCAUGCUUUGGAUUUGACUUUUAGUUUCUGUGGCAUUAAGCUACAAUUCCUAAUUUUAAAAAACCUUUUCCUUGACCAGCUGCUAAAAUUCAUACAGGCAAAAGGGAAGAUUCACAAGUAUCUUAAGGUACUAAGAAGCAGUUAACUAAUGCAUAAAAAACUAUCCUGCCCCUCCCAAAAUUGGCAAAAACUUUUCUUUUUUCUUAGAUGUUACCUGUAAUGCUAUCAGGUAACAACAUCUUCAACAACAACAAUAGUAUUUAAGGUGACUUACCUUUAAAUUGUUUUUGUUUUUUCUUCCUGAUGUACAGAAAUAGCUUAUAUAUGCACAAAAGUCUGUUGUCUCUAGACCUGCAUUUAUGCAUGUAAUUGUAUUGGAAAUAAAGGAAAGAGUUUAUAUUUUAAGAUAAGCA